GUGUUUAUCAGCGUCUUUAAAACGUAGAGUUCGACAUAAAAAUGUGUUCUGAAAUGUACUCAUCAUGGUCGGUAAUGAUACUUGACCGAAAGUGUCUUUUUCAAGUGCAUUUUAACAAAGUUAUUGAACGCGGAAGUCCGAAUGUCUGAAUAUAAAACCAACUUUACCCAAGUGUGUCAAUGGGCUAGCAGUGUAGUGUGAAUUGUUACUUUGUUCGUGAACACAGAGUGCAAACUUUGCUUUGAUUCACACUUUGAUUAUCUGAGUCAGUUUGUUCUGUCUGCAUGCAGGCGUCCUUGUGUGGGGAGCCCAAUGGAGCUGGAGGGUCAGUGGUGGAAAGGGGAACUUGCAGAGGACAUCCAUCAGGCCCUGCGUUACAAAGUAAGUUUGAGGAGAGAGAAGACCGCGUCCCGAAGCUGGAGACCCUGAACAGUCUGGGCUGCAUGAGCUCUAUGAACCUAGUUCUGACCAAACAGGGUCUCCUGCACAUGGAGCUGCUGCUCCUCGAGACGUUUCAGUGGAACCUGUAUCUCCCCACAGCUGCUCACUUCAUCGAGUACUACCUGCCGGUCGCCGUGAAUGAGAUGGACCUGCAUGACGGCUGGCCCAUGGUAUGCAUGGAGAAGACCAUGCAGUACAUGUCCAAAUAUGCUGACUACUUCCUAGAGGUCUCUUUACAAGACCAUGCAUUUCUGCGAUUCGUCCCGUCCCUGGUUGCUGCAGCGUGUGUGGCCUCCUCACGGGUAAUUCUGCAUUUGUCCCUGACCUGGCCUCCGCGCCUCCAGCGUCUGUCAGCGUACACCUGGGAGCAGCUGCUGCCCUGCGUGGAGAGACUUCUACUUGCUCAUGACAGUGACGUAAAGGAAGCAAACAAACAGAAAUGCCCACAGCCGAGUGCACAGCCUGCACAGAUGAUGUAUCCCGUCCAGGGACCGAGCGUGUCCUUGCAUCAGUACAUGCAGCGGCCGAACACACAAUACAUGCAGCAGAGCUGCCAGCCGCUGGUAGUGUCCUCUCAAGGUCCUGCAACAUAUCUGACACAUACGGCCUCAAUGCAGGUCUCCACGGCACCUCUGCAUGGGCUCACACAGACACAGAGCAUCGAUGCUAAGGUCAACGUACCAGGCAGAGCUUACCAGAUGAACCCGCUGUACCCCUGCGCUGCUCCCUGCUUCGACAGGUGAUGAAACCGGACAGAAAAGCAUCAGACCGUUUGCACUGUUUGUAAUCAAGUGUGCAAUUGUGGGAUUGCAAACACCAUAAAUCAAGCACACUGCUCUUAAAUGUUACUUGAAUCAAACCACUUCAGCUGCUGAAUUCUGAAUCCUUUUUAAUUUACAUGAUUGGGGUGAAAGCUAGUUAAUUUAAAUCACUGUAACGUUCAUGAGGUGUGGGGUAAUCUGAGAUCUGCAAUAUUCUAGUGCUGUUGUGCAUUACCCACUGAAUGCUGCCUUGUGGUGUUUCAUUUGUUGUAUUAAGUUUACUCCAGUAUUAUUAUUUAGGGCCAUCUUUCAUAAAUGAAGACAUCAUUGGAGUUCAAAGUAACGUUGUAUAAGAAAAGAAUGUGUUUUUUACUAGCACAAGCAGGUGUUAUUUUGCUCUACCUCAUUGAAUGCAGACUAUUGAAGUCUUGUAACCUUAUAAAAUGCACUUUGUUACAGUGUUUGUUUGUGUAUUUUUUAAUAAAAAUGCAACAUUUCUGUUGUA